AUGGCCUCCGAAGCCCCCCAAGACCUCCCUGUCCGGCCGGCCGCCGAAGCGAAGGGCAAAUCCGACGCCGCAUCUGCCCCGCCAUUGCCAGACUACAUCAUUGCGCGAAACGAGCUCUUUGAGGAAUUGUGGCAGAAGCAUUUGGAAGAAAUCAAGAACCGUGACCACCCGGAUAUCAGCGUCAAGCUCGAUAUUGGCGACGGGAACCUCUCCCUUGUCGCUGCUAAGGCCUAUGAGACUACUCCUGGUCAGUUCCUCCGCGAUGUUCCCAAGGAAAUUAGCAACAAUGUGGUUGUUGCGAAGGUCAAUGGCGAGCUUUGGGACUUGAACCGUCCCCUCGAGAGGGACUCUGUGGUCAAGCUUGUGCUCUUCUCUGAUCCCGAGGGCAGAGAUGUCUUCUGGCACUCUAGCGCUCACUGUCUUGGUGAAAGCUGCGAGUGCUUCUACACUUCUGGCUGUAAAUUGUCCCAUGGACCACCUACCCCGCAGGGUUUCUUCUACGAUAUGGCCCUGGAAGAUGGGCGUGUAGUUCUGCCCAGCGACUGGCCUGCCCUCGACAGCCGAGCAUCUCGAAUUUUCAAAGAGAAGCAGUCGUUCGACCGGCUCGAGGUUAGCAAAGACGAUCUGAGGAAGAUGUUCUCCUACAGCAAGUACAAGUUGCACUACAUCGAAAAGCUCGUUACUGGCGAAUCAUCCACCGUCUACCGCAAUGGCACCCUUGUCGAUUUGUGCCGAGGUCCCCAUAUCCAGAACACUGGAAAGAUCAAGGCUUUCAAAAUUAUGCAGAAUUCCUCGGCAUACUUCCUCGGUGAUCAGUCUCAAGAUUCUCUCCAGCGAAUUAGAGGUGUUGCUUUCCCGGACAAGAAGUUGAUGUCCGAACAUUUGAAAUUUCUCGAGGAAGCGGAAAAGCGCAACCAUAUGCGAAUUGGAAAGGCACAAGAACUAUUCUUCUUCGACGAUGUCUCCCCAGGCUCUCCCUUCCUGCUUCCCAAUGGAACCAAGAUUUUCAACGCCAUCCAGAAGCUUCUGCGCACUGAGUACAGGAAGCGCGGCUACUCAGAGGUCCAGACACCCAACAUCUUUGACUCUAGCCUUUGGAAGACCUCUGGUCACUGGGCCCACUACAGUGACGACAUGUUCAAAUUAGAGGCAGAAAAGGGACGCCAGUCUGCGCUGAAGCCAAUGAACUGUCCAGCUCAUAUGAAGAUCUUCAGUCACCGUGACAGAUCAUACAAAGAGCUUCCUUUGAGAUUGGCUGAUUUCGGUGUUCUCCACAGAAACGAAGCCUCCGGUGCCCUGAGUGGUCUCACUCGUGUUCGCAAGUUCCAGCAAGACGAUACCCACAUUUUCUGUACACAGGACCAGAUCAUGUCUGAAGUCGAGGGCCUGUUCGAUUUCUUGGAGUCUAUCUAUGGGCUUUUCGGCUUCGAAUUCAAAUUGACCCUGUCCACCCGCCCCGAGAAGUAUAUGGGAGCUUUGGAGACCUGGGACUACGCUGAAUCGCAGCUAAAGGCCGCGUUGACCAAGUUCAGAGGCGACAAAUGGACAAUCGAGGAGGGUGAUGGAGCAUUCUACGGACCAAAGAUCGAUAUUUUGCUCCAAGAUUCUUUGAAGCGCGAGUUCCAAUGUGCCACAAUCCAACUCGAUUAUCAAGCGCCCCUUAACUUCAACUUGAGCUACUUCACAAACAAGAGUGCGACCGAGAAGGGUGAGAAGGAAGAAGCCGCAAAGGAGGAGACUGCAAAGGAAGGAAACGCCAACUCAAAUGUCCUGCCUCCCGGGCUUGCCCGCCCUGUUGUCAUUCACCGUGCCAUUAUCGGCAGUUUUGAGCGAUUCCUGGGUAUUCUCGUCGAGCACUUUGCAGGAAAAUUCCCAUUCUGGCUCAGCCCACGACAGGUUCUCAUCGUUCCUGUCAUGCCCGACCUCAAUGGGUAUGCUGAGGAGCUUCAGAAGAUUCUCCAGGGUGACAAGCUUUCUGUUGACGUCGACGUAUCUGGUAAUACCCUCCCUAAAAAGAUUCGUAACGGACAGUUGGCGCAGUAUAACUUCAUCUUUGUCGUGGGUGCUGCAGAGCGGGACUCACGAUCAGUGAACGUGAGAAACCGCGAUGAUUUGGCAUCACAGAAGCAAGGUUCACUCCGUGACUUUGAAGAAGUUCGAGCCAAAUUACGUGCUCUGCGCAAAGAGCGCCGCCUGCAGACUACUCUGUAG